AUUUUAUUUUCCUUAUUUAUUUAUUUGCUAAGCUAUGUUACCUGCAAACUAAUUAAGGGAAGUUAAUCCCAUAAUCCCACUGCACUCCUUCUUAGAUGAUUUUAACAACCAAUAUACUAAAUGAGAUAACAUUCUGCGGGGGAGGGCUGGGUUCAUUCUGAAAAUACGGAUUUAUGUGUUAAACUUUAACUUUUGUGUUUGGAUCUAUGUGAGAAACAGAACAGCUAGCUCUUACAACUAUGAAAAGAAGUUCUUAGAAACAUCUUUGAAAGGUUUAUUUCACAUAACAGUCGAUACACGACGAUGGAUUUCGAAAACAUCAGCUAUAUACAACAGCCACUUCAGUUAGUUUCCGAAUUGAGAGGUGAUCGCUUAGUAACGUUAAGUUGGAAGUCAUUCGACGCUGACAAACUUGACUUUAAAAUCAGUUAUCAGGUUCAAAUAAAAAAAAACAAUGAAAGGCAAUGGCAUGAUAGAAAUGAACAUAAAGAUAAAACACAGAAUAAAAUCUGUUUUGAAAAUCUUGAUUAUGAUACACUUUACAGCUGUAGAGUACGAGCAUGCGGUGGUAGCUUUAUAAGUAGAUGGAGUGAGGAGCUGUUCAUUUCCACCAACAAACUUCAGGAACCCAAAGAUGUAUCCAUUAGCUUCACAGAUACUGCAGAAACGACAUUAUAUUGGAAUGAGGAUUCCGAAGUGACGGAAAAGAGACUAUAUGAAUUAUCGUAUACAUUGGGAUCAAACAGUACAACUCGUUCCAUGAAUAUUGAAAAUGUGUCCAAGGAUAAGCACGGCUUUUGCAUAGUUAAAUUUCAAUUGGAUUUAGAGAAUAAAAUGGAUUAUGAAUACAAACUAAUGAUUUCAACUGAAUAUGGGGAUAGUGAGUGGAGUAUGAAAGCCAGUCGUAAUAACGAACAGGAUGAUUUAUUUAUUGAAGACAUUAGCACGUCAAUUAAAGAUGACGUUACAUAUGAAGACAUCAUGUGGACUAUAUCACAUGCAAAUACAAUCGUUGAAAGUGAAACACACGAAACAUUGGCUCCUGAUAGAAAAACAGCUGUCUUACGUCUGCUUCAAUCGAUCAUCAUGAUGGAUUACACUUCAAUCAAUCAAUUAAUCAAAUGGAAAGACGAAAAGGGUGAACAAACAGGUCAUUAUCAUCCGAUGGACCUUAUACACACAGUUAUUUUGAAAUCGUCUGCUGCAAAUCGGCAAAAACUUUUCAAAAAACUGGCAUUUUGUAAAUUAGCCGUACCUGUUUUAUCUGUAUCCGGCUUUGAGGAAGGUAAAGACGAAGCGCUGUUUUUUGAUACAUCUUUGCAUCACAUUCCAGUAUCUUGGAUUGAAAAGACUGGCCAUUUAGUUGAAGGUAACGCCAUCAAUGCAAACAUCACUGUGGUUUCGAUGUUAAGGAUGGGAGAAAUAUCACUAUCGAAAUCAAGCAUUGGAAAUGAUAUUCUCGGCUUUAAAAAACAUGCUUUAAAAGGGAGUUGUGGCUUUUUUAACAAAAACGCCAUGUCAAGCAUGAGGGUGCGAGUCAAAAGUGAAGGGAACGUAGAAGCAUUGUGGUAUGAACAGAUCGGAAAACCGGCGGAUUUUUCUGAAUCUUUUACAUUAUUGAAUCUUCGUGGAGAUGCGCUGAGUCAUGCUGACACUGCAUCAGUCAUGGUUGCAAAUUCAGAUGUGGUCAUUAUGUUUGUUGAGGAGAGUAUGUUUACCAAGAUAAAUUACAGAGGGGUCUUGGAGCAGAUAGCUCAUCAAGUGAAAAAAACAGAAUCUAAUCCAAGAUUGAUCGUGGUCAUCACAGAAAUUACAAGAGAUAGAUUUAAAUCACAACAACGUUUAUUCAGAGAUAUCUCUUCAAAUUUAGGGUGCAAGAUUGUGGAACCAGAAUCAAAGGAAUUAUUACCAUUCUUGCGGAAAGAAAUCCAGGACUAUCUUAAUACAGAAAGAUCACCAAAGCCUCUGAUGGAUCGCUUCUCUGUUGAAGAAGGUAUUGAAUUGGAAUCAAAACAAAUACCAUACGCAAGCGAGUCUAACGAUACAGCGUCAACUAUGUUAAGAGAUCUGGUUGCUAUUGGUGAUAAAACAAACGAAGGGGAAAGGAACGAGGCAAGGAAGGACCUGUUACCCCUACAAUCAAAAGUUAAAGCAUACGCAGAUGCGCAACGAAAAAGCAAUAGAAGCCCUGACAUAGAAAUAAGAAAGCAGAAAUCAAAUGAAAUGAUCGCCAUAAGGGAAGAACAGUUUAAAUUGGUGAAUAAUGAUUUUCCUUUAUUCAUAAAGAAGUUUGCUACAUUCCUCUUGGAACAAGUUGUCGAUUCUGCUUGCAGCGCAUAUGUUAAGAAUAUUCAGAAUUCAUUAGAUGAAUGGUGUAAACAGCGUCUGACUCAGUUGCGUCAACAGUACACAGUGGCAGUGAAUGCCUAUCAGAAAUGUAAAGAAGAGGAUGACAAAAAGAGAAAAGAAGCAGAGUAUGGAAAACUUGAAGAAUCGGAAGAAACUAAAGCAGCAUCAAAAGAAUGCAAGAACUUGAUGCAUACUAUUAUUAGCAUGUCUGUAGGGAUAGAAAAUGUCCUUCGUGAGAUUGCCCAAAUUUAUGAAAUUAUUGCAUCACAACCAGAUAAUGAUAAUCGAACUGCUCAAUUAAAACUUUCUCACUCCAAAUUUCCUGAAAUGGCAGCGCGCUUUCUGUUGGAUGGUAUAGCGAUAGAAAUCAUGGAUGGUGACGGGCUGUCAUCUCCAGUGGAUUGGUUGAGCGCUGUUUUAACUAAUGCAAAUACAAUGCUGAAACAGAAAUUAAAUAUUGCAAAAGAUCCAAGGAUAGCUGUUAUUACUGUUUUGGGGACCCAAAGUACUGGAAAGUCCACGCUGUUAAACACUAUGUUUGGGAUGCAGUUUCCAGUGAGUGCAGGAAGGUGUACUAGAGGAGCAUUUAUGCAGCUUAUUCCAGUGGAGAUUAAGGAUUGGCCUUAUGAUGCACUGAUAAUUAUUGAUACUGAAGGUCUAGCCGCACCAGAAUUUCGAGAUAGUGAGACGCAUGAUAACGAAAUCGCUACAUUUGUGAUUGGAAUAUCAGAUCUGACAAUCAUUAACGUAUUUGGUGAAUUACCUACAGGUAUUGAAAACUUCCUCCAAAUCAGCACUUGUGCCCUAAUGAGAAUGAAUCUAGUGAACUUUCAACCUCAUUGCGUGUUUGUGCACCAGCAAUGCGAUAGUACUGCUUUUGAUAAGAAUCUAACAAACAGGCAAUCCUUUCUGCAGCAAAUGGACGAAACUGUAAAAUUACAAGCAAAAAGCAUGGGACAGGAAUCGCGGUUUCAAAGCUUUAAAGAUAUACUUGAUCUCUCACUUGAGCAAGAUUUUUUUUAUUUUCCAUCAUUGUUGGAGGGAUCACCUCCAAUGAGUCCACCUGACUUUUGGUACAGCCAAGCUGCAUGUCGACUACGUGAUUACAUUCUCAAAGUUUUAGAGCAAAAAGAUGACGCGAUGACCAUUCCAGAAUUCUCAACAAAGCUUGGAGAGAUUUGGUUCCGUGUUCUUCAAGAAAACUAUGUGUUAAGCUUACGGCACAAAGCUGAACUUGAAGUCCGACAUGAGAUUGAACAAAAACGAAGUGAAUGGAAACUGCAUAUUUUUUCAAAAAUGAAUGCUGAAGUUGAAAAAUAUCGUAAAAUGAUGCAAGCUUAUGCAAAUUCGCAUCGUGAGGAUAAAGAUUUUAUUUCAGCCCUUAUUGAACGCUACGGUAAAUAUGUCGACAAUAUCACAGAUUGCGCUCAUAAAGAGCUGGAACUCGAAGAAAACCGAUUUCAUGCUUUUAUCAACAGUCGAAUAAUCCACAAAGUGAUAUUUAAGGAUUGGGAAGAACGCACCAUAUCCUUUAUGAGGGAGUAUCUUGAAAGAACGUUGAGAGAAGCGAGGUCUCGCCUACAAAAAUGUCAUAACUACAACAAAGAAGAGCAAGCGUGGCAAGAUGAAAUUUCCAAAGCAUGUUCAUCUCUCUACGAAGAAGCGCGCACUUUGGCGUUGAGUAUGCUUUUAACGCGUGAGCAAACACAGAAUCAUGGAAGCGAAUUCUCGCAAGGCGAAAUUGAUGUGGAAUUUAGGGGUUUUUGGGAGCGCAUCACUAACAAUGUUGUGAAAGAAAGCUCUUUAGAUCGAUACAAAGUCGAAAAUAUUAACCGAAAGUUUCUAGGCAGUCUUCUGGAUCAAUUUGAAUAUCAGAAUGGCUUUAACAGAGUGAACGAAAAUUUUGCUGAUCUCACUAAACCAAUAGAUAUUAGAUGGGUUAAAAUGUCACAUAUUGAUUUCAAGAGAUGGAAACACCCAAAGAAUGUAGUUGAAAACGCUUUCAGGCACACAGAUAAAUUACCUGAAGCAUUGCGUAAAAAAAUAAGGAAUCUAAUAGAUAAAAGCAUUCAGAUAUUGGAAAGAGAUUACUUGAUGUGUGAAUCUAUUAAUGAUAUUAUCCAAAUGAAGAUGCAAGAUGAAAAGGAGGAGUUCUCUUGCAAAAAGUUAUCCAAACAAUUCAUCAAUUAUUCGUUGGAAGUAUUGAAACAAACUCAUCAGGAUAUGAACUAUCAAACAGAGUUUCAACCUGGUAUUGAGCUACAGAUCAUGUUUUGCUUUCAUGCAGCUCACAUGGCAAUUCCUUUCUUCUCAAAAGCGCAAGAAAGUUUUCUCAAUAAAGUUGAUCUUGAGAAAACAGUCCAGAAAGAAAAAGAAAGAGUUAAACAGCUCUUCACCUCAAUUCUCAAAAAAGAAGGCAAAAUGAUGAUCGGAUGCAGAGAGAUUGCUCGUAUUAUCAUCAAAAAGGUGUUUGAGCUCGAAAUAAAAAACCUCACUGAGUUUCAAACUUCCGAAUCGUUACCAAACAUGAUUAUUGAGAAACACAUUCCUCGGAAAGAAACCAUACAUGGUUUAGUUUUGCUUGACAUUUUAGAUUACGUUUCAGAACCAAACUUAUCGCAAAAACACGCUGAUCAAAUUAAGCUCUAUUUUCAGGACGUUAUAAAGCUGUUCUCUGAGAAAAUUGCCGAUGUUAUUGAUAGACACAAUGUUAAUGCAAUCGAGUGUAUCUCAGCCAAAGUGUCAGAGCAUAUACGAAAAAUAGAAGACUCGUUAAACCAAAUAUCAACAGGAAGUGACGAUAACGUUCUUAAAGUUGUCGCUGAAUGUCCUGCCUUGAAAGAUAUUGGAAUUGGCCUUGCCGAUUUUAAAUGCGUUUACAUUCCGGAGGAUAUAGUUGAAAUUUCGGAGUUAAUUCAAAUUCUGACAAGUGUGCUUAGAGAUUCUGAAACGGCCAUUCUUGCAGAAGAGAUAAAAGAAAUUGAUGCAUACAAUGUGAACAGAGUUGUAAUCAACAAUAUCAAAGAUCAAUUGUUUGAAUGCCAAGCAAAAUGUCCAUUUUGUUUAGCUAUAUGCGACCAUGACUGCUCUACUUCAACAGACCUUCACAUGUGUCAUACUCACCGUCCGCAAGGUUUUGGUCAUUACAAGGGAGAAAAAACAAAGGUUUUUACGACAAAACUAUGUACCCAGUAUGUUGCUUCAGAAAGGAGUUUUCGGAAUGGAGAUAGUGACGAAUUUAUGAAGUUUAAAGAUUACCACAAACUAGGGGAACCCUACUCGAAAUGGAGGAUUGAAGCUGGCGAUGGAAAUACAUUGAUCAUGUGGAAAUACAUUACCUACAAAUUGAUGCCAAAUAUCAAUAUAUUUUUUCCUAAAGUUAAACCAGCUGAAGUCAGUAGAUGGGGGAAUAUCACAUUAAAAGAAGCACAAAAUCUGGUACGAAGAAAGUUUUUCGUGGAAGGAGCUAAAAAAGUGGACGGUGUUUAUAUUAUUUAGACGUCGCAUCAGUUUCUGUCAAAAGAUCUUUUGUUCCGACUACAGGCGAAGACGAUUGUUGGUGGUUUCUAAUUCGAAUGUAAUCUGUUACCCAAUAAAAUGUUGUUAUGUUCAUGGUGGCUAGAGAAUUGUUAGGAAUCGACAAUGAAAACAUGUGACGAUUCUGCACUUGUUCACAGACUUCCUGAGUAUAUUAUUAAAACAAACAGUUAGAUUGUUUAAAUUAAAAAUCUUUUUUAACGCAUUUAGUACGGAAUUAUAUUAAAGUAAAAUUCUGGUAUUUUUUUCUCUAAUUUUUAAUUUGUUUUAACUGAAAAAUGAACUAAUGUUAGAGCACCUGCGUUUUUAAAUAAAACAAGGAACAGAUCAAGUCUUCACAACUAAGCUUCUGUUUAAAAACGGCUGAAAUAGUGUUAUCAAACUAGAUAAUAAACUUGAAAAUGUGUUGGUAGCCUCUUGUUAGUUUAGCUGAAGAAAAAGAUCUCCCCUCUGCAAUUGGAUAAGCACUCUUUUUCUGUGGGAAUAGCGAUGUUUUACAAUAUUUAAUUGUUAUAUUAGGUGUUAUAUAUGUUGAAACAAUGAUAACGCUUUUCAUUUCUCUGCUCUGUGCAGAAAAACACAUUUGCUACUCACGCUAACUAGACUUAAAAGAAUGAGAAUUCUUUGUUUCAAUGUCAAGCAAUUCAAUGACAAUCUGAACACAGAAAUAAAUAAUCAGAUCAUCGCGGAC